UCUCCAAAUGCAAAUAAGACGACGCUGUUACGAUCUACGCCCAGGCGUUGACAGAAUCACUGGCGGACGGCUACGAUCCGCGCAAUGGGACCAGCGUCAUGGAACGCAUCCGCAAUCGGCGCUAUCGAUCGGUUCUUGGUUUCGACGUGUUUAUCGACUCGAACGGCGAUGCUGAGGGUUAUUACACGGUUCUAUCCAUGUUGCCUUUCCGGGAAAACCAUUUCAAAUCGGAUGAAGGAACACGGCCCACCUACGUCAUGCAGCCCGUUGGGCAUUUCCAGCACAACAUCAGCAGCGCUCGUCAUUCACCCAACGAUUCCCUCGUUUUUCUUUAUUUGAACUCGAGUCGACCAGUCGACUGGAUCGGAUCCGGUCCACCCGUUCCCGAAUCUCCUUGCGGUUACAUGUCUGAAAAAUGUUUCCGAGUCGCGACGCCCGACUGGCAGAGUUUCAUCAUUUGCACCUUAUCCGGCGUUGUCCUCAUUGUAACUAUCGGCUUCGCUUCCAGACACUACUGUUACGAAUACAAAUUGGCGUGCUUGCUCUGGAAGGUGGACAUUCGCGAAUUCAUCAUCACCAAUUCUAAGGAUAUUAUCAACGAUUGCCCGCAGUCCUCUACGUUGGCGGCGGUGACCUCGGAUCCUCACGGAGCUCGAGGGCCUAUCAUUGCAUUUUGUGGGCAAAGCAGCAGGCGCAACAGCAGCAGUGCCGGUUCCGGGUCGUCCUCCGGCGGCGUCAAGGAAGAUUCGCCAUCUGUCGACCUGGGCGUGAAACGUUUGUACAUCCGAACGGGAAGCUACAAGGGCAACGUCGUGGCCAUCAAGGCCAUCUCGUCGACGAAGAACGUCAAUUUCACAAAGAACAUGUGCAAGGAAUUGAAGCAGAUGACUUCCAUCCGCCACGAGAAUGUCGUCUCAUUCAUGGGAGUGUCCGUCGACUACGGGAGUGUGUCCAUCUUGACGGCCUAUUGCGCCCGCGGGAGCUUGGAGGACGUCCUGAAAUUGGAUUUCAAAUUGGACACUUUCUUCAUCGCCUCUCUCGUCACUGACUUGAUCAAGGGGAUGACCUUCCUGCACGACAGUGAAAUCGUUUCGCACGGCAAUCUGAAAUCGUCCAACUGUUUGGUCGAUUCGCGCUGGGUUUUGCAAAUCACCGAUUUCGGUCUGCAUGAACUCAAAGCCUCCAGUCCUGAAGCUCGAACGAAAACGACGUGUGACAAUAGACGGCUUUUGUGGAGAGCUCCGGAACUGUUGCGCAACCCAAACUUUUUGCCUAGAGGAACCCAGAAAGGUGACGUCUUCUCAUUUGGCAUCAUCCUCUACGAAAUCUUUGGCCGUCAAGGACCUUGGGGAGAUUUGUUGGACACCAUGUCGACUAAAGGAAUCAUCGAAAGAGUCGCCCAUCCGGAAUGGUUUUUCUACAAAUUCUUCAGGCCGUCCGUUUCGCAGUUGGAUUGCAAGGAGUACAUCAUUCGGUGCAUGGAGGACUGCUGGCAAGAAACGCCAGAAUUGCGUCCCAAUUUCAAAUCCAUUCGUGGCCGUCUUAAGGAAAUGGAAGCCGGAUUGAAGCCCAACAUUUUCGACAGCUUCAUGACCAUGAACGAGAAGUAUACGCAUAACCUGGAAGGUCUCGUCCAGGAACGGACGGAUCAACUCGUCGAGGAGAAGAAGAAGACGGAAGCACUUUUACACCGGGUCUUGCCAAAAUCGGUAGUUGAAUCGCUGAAAAGAGGAGAGCCCGUCAAGGCGGAGAGUUUCGAUUCGGUCACAAUCUACUUCAGCGACAUCGUGGGAUUCACGUCGCUGUCGGCGGCCAGCACUCCGCUCCAGGUCGUCGGUCUGCUCAACGAGCUCUACACUUUGUUCGACUCCAUCCUGGAGAAUUACGACGCCUACAAAGUGGAAACGGUCGGCGACGCCUACAUGGUGGCCAGCGGUUUGCCCAUCCGCAACCGAGACCACCACGCAGCCGAAAUCGCCUCGCUGGCCCUCCACCUUCUCUCCGAGAUACGCAAUUUUCACAUCCGGCACAGACCCGGAGAAACGCUCAAACUGCGCAUUGGAAUUCAUUCAGGUCCGUGCGUUGCCGGUGUGGUCGGCUUAAAAAUGCCGAGGUAUUGUCUUUUUGGCGACACAGUUAACACUGCGUCCAGGAUGGAAUCAACCGGUCAAGCUCUCCGCAUUCACAUUUCUAGAGCCACCAAAGAGCUUUUAGAUCGGUUAGGCGGUUUCAUCACUGAAGAGCGUGGAAUGACGUCCAUUCGAGGCAAAGGUGAAAUGAUGACGUAUUGGCUGGUUGGUGAAGAGGCGGGGCGUACUGGGCGUACUAGACGUACCAGGCGUCUUUCUACAGUUGAAAUGGACGUACCGCCGCCGUCUACUCUCCAGUCAACAAUCGACGCCCAUCAAUCAGCGGCUCAUGAAGUUCCACAUUACCUGUCGGACAAAGUCCACACGCUCUCUGAAUUGAACCCUAUUGACGAAUCGCUAACAAUGAUGAGCCAUCAGGAGCUAAAUAAUGAUGUCCACAUUAGCGUCGAUGGCAGGCAUUAAUACUCUAAUGUUUUUUUGGUAUUUUAAAUGCAAGAACGCAGAAAAUUUGCGCGUCUUUUGCAUAACAUUUUGAAAUUCUCCCUCAAUGUCCGCUAUUAUUGUUUGAAAUUUUUGACUCGUUUGACAUUUUCUCUAAUUAACUGCCGCAGGAAAUUAUGUAUAGGUUUGAUUCUAGUCACGACUCAAGAGGACAGACAAUUCUAAUGCUAUUAAAAUGAUAGAUAUUCUCAUCUUUCCGUAUACGCUGGGUCCAAUGUGCAGUAAUCGGAAGUCUGUGAUAUUAGCGCGUGUGGCGAUUUGUGUGCGUGCAAUUUUUUGUUGGUGUAAUAUUUGGUUUCUCCUUUUAUUGUAUUGCCGGUGACAGUUUUGUAUUUCCUUUCUUUUUAGAAUUUUAGCAAUAAGUAUAUAUAUAGAGGAUAUGUCGAAAGAAUGUAGAGCGAAAGAAUUACGAUGAGGAAACUGGUAAAUUCGGUGGUGUCAGUCGUCAACAAUUUCUCACAAUGCGACAUAUUUCAUUGGAUAAUAAUAAAUUACUCCCAAGCUUA